GGUGCGCGGGCGGCGGCGGCGGCGGCGCUCGUCCUGUCACGUGUCACCUGUCACUUGUCAUGGACGGUUCAAACCGUUCCGUCGCAACUGCCUCCGUGCGCGUGUGGCUGCUCUUCACAGCUCUCGCGGCGGGGAGGCGGCAGAGUCACGUGUCGGCGGCCCGGGGACACACAGGGGAGCAGCAGACGCCUGACCCCAGACCCAACAUUGUACUAGUCACUUGUGAUUCUCUGGAUGGAAGAUUGACAUUUGGCCCACAGAACCAGGUAGUUAAUCUUCCCAAUAUAAACAUAAUGAAAGAAAAUGGUGCCGUUUUUCUCAAUACCUACAGCAAUUCUCCAAUAUGCUGUCCUUCUCGAGCAGCCUUGUGGAGUGGUCUAUUUGUUCAUUUAACAAAAUCCUGGAAUAAUUUCAAAUGCUUGAACCCUGAUUACCCUACCUGGAUGAAAGUACUACAGAAUUAUGGCUAUUAUACAAAAGUGUACGGAAAGACUGAUUAUACUUCAGGCCACCACUCAAUAAGUAACCGUGUGGAAGCCUGGACCAGAGAUGUCAAGUUUUUGCUUAGACAAGAAGGAAGACCAACGACAGUGCUGAUUGGUAAUGAAUCAACUGUAAGAAUCAUGGACCAUGAUUGGCAAAAUGUAGAUAAAGUGACUGAAUGGAUACGAUACAAAGCAGCCCAUUUAAAUCAACCAUUUGUUCUGAGCUUGGGUCUGAAUUUGCCUCAUCCCUAUCCAACUCCAAGCAUGGGAGAAGCACCUGGAGGGUCCACAUUUAAAACAUCUCCAUAUUGGCUUAAAAAGGUGAAUUAUGAAUCAAUCAGAAUUCCAAAGUGGCUUUCUUUCUCUGAGAUGCAUCCUGUGGACUUUUAUUCCUCCUAUACCAAGAACUGUACUGGUAAUUUCACAUAUCGGAACAUCAAGGACAUCAGAGGCUUUUAUUAUGCAAUGUGUGCUGAAACAGACCUAAUGCUAGGUAAGAUUUUAAAAGUUCUUCGUGACACAGGGAUCCAAAACAACACUUACCUAAUCUUUACUUCUGAUCAUGGCGAGUUGGCAAUGGAACAUCGUCAAUUCUAUAAAAUGAGCAUGUAUGAAGGAAGCUCUCAUGUUCCUUUACUGAUAGUUGGACCAGGUAUUUCAGGACAUCAACAGAUUAUAGAUUUGGUAUCUCUUGUCGACAUUUAUCCCACACUUCUUGAUAUUGCUGGAAUCUCUCUUCCAAAAAACUUAAGUGGUUAUUCUCUACUCCCAUUGCUAAGAGCAUCUCCAAAGCAUAUUCCUGCAAAGAAACCACGACCUGACUGGAUUUUUAGUGAAUUUCAUGGUUGCAAUGUUAAUGCCUCCACCUAUAUGAUUAGAACUGGCAGAUGGAAGUACAUAACCUAUGCUGAUGGAAUUUCAGUACCUUCCCAACUGUUUGAUCUGAUUACUGAUCCAGAUGAAUUGAUGAAUGUUGCUAGUAAGUAUACAAAAAUUACAAGCACACUUGAUAAGAAACUUCGCUCCAUAUUAAAUUAUCCAGAAGUGUCCAAAUCUGUUCAUCAAUACAACAAACUUGAAUUCACCAAAUGGAAAGAAAGUCUUGGAAAGAAUUAUACAAAUAUUAUUGCCAAUCUCAGAUGGCACCAGAGCUGGCAAAAAGAUCCUGCAUGUUAUCAAAAUGCCAUUGAAAACUGGUUGAAUUCAACUGCUGAUGUAUAGUUUUACAUGUCUCGUUACUUGCAAAGAGCCAUAGGUAGUUAUUUUUCUUGCUAGCCUUCUGAGAUAGUAGAUAUUAUCCACAAAUGUCUAAUCAGCUGCUAUACACUCCGCAAUGGGCAGUGGGCAGGUGCUACAGACCUGCACGGGAAAGUAGACGCUCCCGCCCCCACGAGUCUCGGGCAUAUGGGGCUUGUCAGCCUGGGAAGGCAGUCCAUCUAGG